AUGCCUAUCCCCACAGAAGUCGUUGGUUCGCUUCCCCGGCCUACGGCCCUUCAACAUGCGUUCGCUCAGUACGAUGCGGGAAUCAUCAGCAAAGACGAGCUGUUCCAAGCACAGGAUCAAGCAGCGGAGGACAGCGUUAAGCGGAUGAUCCAAACAGGGGAGACGUACGUGACGGAUGGAGAGCAGAGGACGAGCUCGUUCGCUACGUAUCCCGUCGUCGAUACUCUCGGAGGGAAAGGAUUGGCUAGUACCUUGAGGGCAGGCGGACAGUACUUCGCAAUCUUUGCUGAUGGACACCAUCGUCAACUGCCCAGCCUCAUUAGCGGACCAUUCAGGUACUCGCACUACGCGUACGAUAACUUCAAAAAGUCCAAGCCUUACAGCGGCUCUCAUCCCAUGAAGACCGCUGUCAUCGCACCCAGCAUGCUGUAUCUUCUGUACUCUCUCAACGAGGAGGUAGCGGGGAGAUGUUUGUCAAGGAUUUGGUUAACGAGAUGCAAACAGUGCGAAAAAGACAUCCGAGGCUGUUUCGCCGCCGGCGCGCAACGCGUCUCGAUCGACUUCACGGAGGGCCGGUUGGCCGCUAAGAAUGAUCCUCGCAAUCCAUGGACUGGUGCGCAUCUGCUGAAGACGUUCAUCGACCUGAACAACAAGGUUCUCGACCGCUUCACCGCUGAGGAGCGCAAGAACAUCGGCGUCCACACCUGCCCUGGCGGGGACUGCGACAGCGUGCAUUCGCUCGAUGUGGAUUACCACGAGCUCCUGCCCUCGCUAUUCCAGAUGAACGCCGGAUACUUCCUCAUUGAGCUGGCGAGCGAGAAGGACAAGGCGAAGGUGUACAAGGAGAUCGGGAAGACGAUUCGCAGCGAUGCGAACGGGGUCAAGCAAGUUGCAUUUGUGGGCGUUAUCAACCCGCUGAAUCCCGAGGUGGAGACGCCUGAACAUGUAUGCGAAGCUCUGCUGGAAGCUGCCAAGUAUAUUCCAAAGGACCAGCUCGGCGCGACGGAUGACUGCGGUUUCUCGCCUUUCUCCAUUGAUGUCAAGCCCAAGCACGGGAGUCCAGACUUUGCCCGGGACGUCGCAUUCCAGAAGAUUGCCAAUCGUGUAAAAGGGGCUAAGAUGGCGAGCGAGAAACUCGGGAUUUGA